AUGGUCGCCGCAGCGCCGUUCAGCGCCGCGUGCGUCGCUGGUGACGCCGCCCGGCGGUGCGGCGCAGCCUUCGCCUACCGCGCCUCCUGCGCCGCGGCCUUCCCGCACAUCCUGAACGCGGCGCUGCCUGAAUGUGAGGCCAAGUCUGACCAACGUACACAAUCAGGCGUCACCUUGGAACAGCCAGUUGUCCAUCCAUCAUUCAACGAAAGCGGUGCCGGAGAAGUCCAUUCGUCUCCUGAUGGACAGGAGAACAAGUGCUCCGAUGUACCAAAACAAGUCUAUGGUACCCAAGCCUCCCCAUUUGAAGUGGUGGUACUUGGGGACAGCAGCUGUACUUUCAGCCUGGACCCUCUGCUUGAGUACCUCAUGGAGGAGUCAGAGAAGCCUGUGAAGAUCACAUCAGUAGUGCUGGGUGACGGUUCGCUUGCGACGGUGGUGGAGAUGUCAUCAGCUGUGAGCAGCUGGCGCAUGUCCGCGCUUGAUUCCAUUCAGGUGGCGCUAUCUACAGUCUUCUCCAACGACGCCCUCAAGGUUCUCGUGGUGGUCGACUGCAACCUACCGGGAUGUCAACGGCAGAACUCGUAUUGGAGUGGCGAGGAGCAGCAGGCGUUGCUCAAAAGCCUCUUGCAGCAGGGGCUGCAGCUUCACGUUUUCACCCACGACGACUUUGUGGUCACACAACCAGACGAAGUGCCAGCACGUGAACGGCGCAAAAUACUCGGUCUGAACUCCGAGGUGUUCUACUCGACGUCUCACGCACGGAAAAGAAGACUACGGGGUAACCGUGAGCAACGCCUUGCUCUCGCCCCACCCACCAACAACCUUUGCGUCCAGCUUGCUGUGCAGUCGGGUGGUUCAGUUUGGUCGCUGCGCGCAUUUGAGCGCAUCAAGAAGCGAUCGCGCAGGGAUCAGGCGCUGGCGCUGCCUGCGCUUCUCCUGCUGCGUGGCCUCAGUGCGCCGCACCUUCAGUGUCGUGUGUGUCCUUGCGAGGCCGAGGCGCCGUGUGGACAGCCCUGUGCUGACCCUUGCUUGCUCUGCCAUCCGCCCCCUGCGUUGCCGCUUAACCCGGUUCCCACUCCUGAGCUCCCUGAAGUGGAAUACGAGGACGAAGAAGACUACGAUUGAGCACGGAAAUCAACUGAAAAAUAUGAAAUUCCUUCGUUCAGUUUAUUACAGAUCGUAUAGUAACGCAACUAAUUAUGCCACCAUGGGUUGAUACGGCGUGAUUGGCUGUGAACUGAAAUGUAAAAGUAAAC